UUUGAAAAUGGAGUUUGUUUAAUCAGGUUUUGAAAAAGAGGCCCUCCGUCGCACGGUUGGUUUUGCUUCCUUUCCUAUAGUUCGACGGCAGUCCAAAGAAGGCGACUAACAUUGCUGUUUCAACUUUCACCCUUAAACAAACUCCUAAUUUUACAUGGUAAGUCCCUCACCGAACGCCAGGGACGUGUAUGGGGGACCCUCCUUCCAGUUCUAACUGAGCUACCUGAUCCAUUUUUAACGUUCACCCUCUGAUUCUGCAGCAAAAGCAAACCCUCGUGAUUCUCACAUUUUUCUCUCUAUAAACGACAAUGCCCCAAUUUGAGAAAAUGGAUUCUUUCUCUUUCUUUGUGCUGUUACCUAACGCUCUUCCAUUUUCAAAUUACAAUAUGUAAACUCUCAACCAAACCCACUUGUUCCUUUUCCCAUUUUUUUCUUCUUCUUUCCCCUUUUCAUUUGACCAAUACUCUUCCUCCUCACAACCCCUUUUACCCAUUUUCUGCUUUUCCAACAUUCAGAUUCUGCUAUCCCAGAACUUGUUUUCAAGCUAUGAAGUGCUUCCACUUCACCAAUGGCGAGAGAAGGGAUGAUGAAGAUGGGGUUGCUUCUAGAACUUCAAAGGUCUCUUGGGCUCGCUCGCUUAGUAUGGCUUCUAGCACGUUUGAUACUAGACGCUCCGAGUUUGAUUCUGACUAUUCCAGGGAUUUUUCUGACUCGAUUGGGUUUUAUGAGUUUUUGACUCACCGUAGGGCGAAUGAUUUGCGGGUUUUUUCUUUUUCUGAGUUGAGAUCGGCCACUCGUGGCUUUAGUAGAGCGUUGUUGAUUGGUGAGGGAGGUUUUGGAUGUGUGUUUAAAGGAGUUGUUAAUGGUGAUUCUAAUUCCAAGUCGGAUUUGAAGAUGGAGGUUGCUGUUAAACAGCUCAAUCGCAAUGGCUUCCAGGGGCAUAAGGAGUGGAUCAAUGAGGUGAACUUUCUGGGAGUGGUGAAGCAUCCAAAUCUUGUGAAAUUGGUUGGAUAUUGUGCUGAAGAUGAUGAAAGGGGAAUGCAAAGGCUUUUGGUUUAUGAGCUUAUGCGUAACAGGAGCUUGGAAGAUCAUCUUUUGGUUCGAGUAUCUCCACCAUUGUCAUGGUUGGCCAGGCUUAAAAUUGCUCAGGAUGCAGCUCGUGGCCUUGCAUAUCUGCACGAAGAAAUGGAUUUUCAGCUAAUUUUUCGCGAUUUAAAAGCUUCAAAUAUCCUGCUAGAUGAAGAAUUUAAUGCAAAGCUUUCGGAUUUUGGACUCGCUAGACAGGGUCCUCCAGAAGGAAUCAGCCACGUGUCAACAUCGGUUGUAGGCACAAUAGGCUAUGCAGCUCCAGAGUAUGUUCAGACUGGUAGGCUGACUGCAAAGAGCGACGUGUGGAGCUUUGGAGUUGUUCUUUACGAACUCAUCACAGGUAGACGAGCCGUGGAGAGAAACCUACCACGGAAUGAGCAGAAGCUUUUGGAAUGGAUUAAACCAUACAUCUCAGAUCCUAAGAAAUUCCACCUCAUUGUCGACCCACGGCUUGAAGGAGAAUGCAAUAUCAAGUCAGCUCAGAAACUUGCAUCACUGGCUAACAAAUGCCUGAUGAAGCAGCCUAAGAAUCGCCCAAAAAUGAGUGAAGUCGUUGAGUUUCUUGGCAACAUCAUCAGUGAAUCAUGUCAAGAUAUCGAAACAGCUGUUCAACCCGUCGAUAGAACAGUGGAAACAAAGGAAGAAAGUGUAGAGGAGGCUGAAGUCGAACCUGCCACUACAAGACAUAGAAAUAGUCAUCUAAAGAAGGUUUUUGAUUUCAAAGAUAUGGUGAGUUUAAGAAAUAGAUCUUUUGGGAAGUUAGAUUGGAGAAAUUGGACACCUGGGUUAGUAAGAACUUGGUGAAAAUCCAUGUUUAUUCUUUCUCUCCUACUGUGGUAAUGAAAGCAUAAUAUAUGGGGAGGGCCUUCCUCCUUUUUUCUCUGUUUUUUGGUAUACUUGUAAAAAUCCAAUAGUAGUUUUCAGUUGGCCCAACUUCACUUCAUUAUUUGCAAAUUUUUUCCUUGAUGAGGUUUGAUCAAAUACAUUUUAUUGGGGUCAAUAAAUGCCAACUUUAAACA